AUGCAUGGUUUAUGGAGCUUGAUAUUCACUUCUGCAGUUGAUCUUUCCGUCCUGGACUUUCAACAUGCUAAUCAAUGCUUAAAAGUAACUUUUUAUAAUUAUAUCAUCAAAGACAUAAGAGACUUGCUACUUGUAACUUGAUUGCAGGUAGAUGUGGUGGUUACUACAGCUGGUGGCAUAGAAGAGGACCUUGUAAAAUGUCUUGCACCCACUUAUAAAGGUGAUUUCUCUCUGCCUGGAGCUUACUUACGUUCGAAAGGAUUGAACCGUAUUGGUAAUUUGUUGGUGCCUAAUGACAACUACUGCAAAUUUGAGGAUUGGAUUAUACCGAUUUUUGACCGAAUGUUAGAAGAACAGUCGACAGAGAAUACACUCUGGACGCCAUCAAAGGUGAUUGCUCGCCUAGGGAAAGAAAUAAAUGAUCAAAGUUCAUACUUAUACUGGGCUUACAAGAACAAUGUUCCUGUCUUCUGCCCAGGCUUAACAGAUGGUUCCCUAGGGGACAUGUUAUACUUCCAUUCCUUCCGGAAUCCUGGAUUAGUCAUUGACGUUGUGCAAGAUAUAAGAGCCAUGAAUGGGGAAGCAGUUCAUGCAAACCCUAGGAAGACGGGCAUUAUAAUUCUUGGUGGUGGACUGCCCAAGCAUCACAUAUGUAAUGCCAAUAUGAUGCGCAAUGGUGCGGAUUAUGCUGCUUUCAUCAAUACAGCCCAAGAGUUUGAUGGUAGUGAUUCUGGAGCACGUCCUGAUGAAGCUGUGUCAUGGGGAAAGAUACGGAGUUCUGCUAAGACUGUUAAAGUACAUUGUGAUGCAACAAUAGCAUUUCCUCUACUGGUAGCUGAGACAUUUGCUAAGAAGGCAAAAGAAUUUCUCAAGACAGAUAUCUAAGCAGCACUUGCCUGUCACCAGAUUCAUUAUAAAAUUUCAGAUAACCAUGAAGUUCACAGAAGGCAGAUCAUAUUAUUUAGGCUUCCGACGUGCCCAAAUUGGAUUAUGGAUUUGGGGAAGGGGAUGGGACAGAAAGUCCCUGAAGUCUUGAAAGGUGUCAAAUAUACAUUUUAGUCACGUUUGGUGCAAGUUUGUAUACCGAUUGGUCACAUGUAUGCAACAGACAUGGUGCAUAAGUGAACUGGAUGUUAACGUUAUUGCCUUUGAUAGAGUUUUUGUUGUAGGUGUGUCAAAUCGGUUGGUUUCGUCUGGUUUCAGUUGGGUUGAAUCGGUUUUGAUCUGGUAAUAAGUGAAUCUGAAGCCGCACCGGCAGAUAACUUUCAGUUUCA